AAAAAAGGAAAUGUCACGCUGGAAGAGGAAACUGGUCCACGCUCACGUCGCUUCUAGAAUAAUCUGGUCCUCACUGAUUCUUCCUCUUCCAACCUAAGUCACGUGCCUAAAAAAUUCCGAACCCUAAUCCUAUUACAGUAUUACCUAAUCCCUAAUUCCCCAGUCCCUUCGAAUUUCUUCUUCAGCUUAUGCAAGUUCAUUGCCGCAACCAGCAAUCGCACCCCUGAAUCUCCGAAUGCUGUUUCGCCCUUCAACUGGACUUGGCAUUAUAUCUAGAUACAGUUAUGUCCGGCAAUACUAAUUGCACUGUUUACAUAGGUAAUCUGGAUGAGAGGGUCACAGACAGAGUCUUGUAUGAUAUUUUAAUUCAAGCCGGACGAGUGGUAGAUUUACAUAUUCCUAAAGAUAAGGAAUCAGAAAAACCGAAAGGCUUUGCCUUUGCAGAAUAUGAAACUGAGGAGAUUGCGGAUUAUGCUGUCAAGCUUUUCUCAGGCCUUGUAACACUCUACAACAGAACACUGAAGUUUGCGUCUACUAAAAAACAGAUAUCUGGGAGAGACAAAACCCCUAACGGUUCUGCUGGAGUUACACCAACAUCAAAUUCUUCUCAAAGAUCAAGGCCUUAUCCAGUGCCGUUUAAUAACUCAGAAUCUGAUAAGCUAUCAGCACAUGACCGUUUUUCAGAUUAUGCAGCUCCUCGUCGCCGAGUAACUGACCUACCCAGUGGCCAUGGAUCUUACCACAGUGGCCAUGAUUUUGAGUCCAGCCGUAGAGCUUUUGGGGCAACAUUGGAUAGCAUAAGUGGUUCUAGGUCUCGCCGCUAGGAUAGAAGCUAAUCCCUUUAACCCAUCUUAGUAGCUUGCUAAUAUCUUAAAAGAUCAGUGAGAGAUUAAGGUUUCCUUAAACAAGUAGUCUUAUAUCUUAGUGGAAUGUAAAUGGGAUUGUUCAAUUAUAUAUUGGAAUGCAGAUGCUUUAAGCACUGCCAUUGUUGUAGCUGUUGUACCUAUGUACUUUAUCCAGGUGGAAUUAGUGCUUAUGAAAUUGGAUGAUUUUAAUACCAUACCUCUUUUGGAAAAAUAGUUCUGAAGAUUACUGGUUUCCUGUGAAUGAAUGAAUGACCUGGGCAUUUGCUUGAUUAGGGAAACUAUCCAGUGUUUCCUUUAA